AUGUCAAGAUCACAGGUUGAGCGGAAACGAUUUGACGACUUUGCGCAGAGCAUCAUGUAUCGUGGGCGCCUCUCCAGCCAACUCCACCGCUUCUACUCUAUGGAAGUGUCGCAUCCCGUGCUGCUUGUGGAGGAGGGGCAACUGCACGUGCCAGGCAUCGACGAAGCAAGGCUCAAGCAGGCCACCUUCAACAUCCAGGUGGAGGGCGGGUUCUUUGUGAAGACGGUGCCGAACAUUCGCGAGGUGGAGGCGUACCUCGUCCUCUGCACGCGCAUGAUCAAGCAGCUCGUUCAGGGGUGCAGCGUUGAAGCCUGGACGCCAACAGAGCGCAUGUGCUGCCAUCUCAGAGGAUUUGCUGGGUGGGGACAGCCGAAGGACGGGCACGUGCACAGCUUCGACUUUCAAACGUUCCAAGAAAUCUCUCGCCGCGCUGCUACUGGCACGAUCCGCGAAGUGUUUGCGCAUCAGCUGCUGCACAUGAACGGACUAACGCUGAAGCAUGCGCAGAUGAUCACCCAGGCCUACCCGACACCUGCCCUGUUUACGAAUGCGCUGCGGGAGGCACACGCGGCCACGAUGCACAUGAGCAGUUUGGAGGACCGGAAACCAAACUCGUCAAGUGCGCGCGGUGGCGACAACAGCACCGUAUUCAGCCCAUCAUCAGCGUCAGCAACAGCAGCACCAGCAACAACAACAGCAGCAGCAACAACACCAACAGCAGCAUCGCCAUCGACUUUGGCAUCAGGUCUCAAGCGGCGGAGCAGCAGUGCAAAGACAAAGACGGCACUGGACGCGUUUUGGGACAGCCUGUCGACGAGCGAGGGGAAAAUCGGACUAGCUGUCCGUGCCAAGCUGCAAGCCUACUACCUGCCCAGGUCGUGACAGCGGACAGGGGGACAGGGGACAGAGGACAGAGGAUAGGGGAAACAGGAACCGUACUGGCAGUGGUUAGUUGAUGGUGGUGGUGCGGGGGUCGUGGUAGUGGUAGUGGCUGUGGCUGUGGUGGUGGUGAUAGUUUUGGAAUCGCACGUGGGAGCACCCGAGUGGGAUUGAGCCAGCUGUGCUGAUGCUGGUUCGUGGCGCUUCUCAGUGACGAGAGCCCGCUGUUUGCUGACGUGAUGCCAUCAUGUAAACGACGUUCG